GCAAAGACAGAGCCAAGCCGCGCGAGCAGUGGCCAGUGGAGACGAAGAAGCUGCCCGAGUUCGAGAUGGACUUCUGCCACCUGCCGCAGCGACCCUUGGCGAUGGCAGCCCCGACGAAGCUGGAUGAGACCCACGACGUGGCAUUAACAUUCGCGGCGUUCGUCAAGACGAUGGCCUACCCGAAAGCGAUGCUCAAGGUGGGCCCCGAGCAGGCACUGGGCGUGGUCGUGGAGAAGCGAGACCACGUGAAGGCGAACCACGAGACAGUUUACGUGGGCAGCUAUGGCAAAGCGUACCAGGGAGAAGUCUUGAAGUUCGGAGAGCCGGCGCUCUUCAAGCUUUCGGUCACGGCGGCGGUCAAGGCGAGGGGCGGAGCCAGACAUGGACGAGCUGACGCCAGGCCCCUGAGAGGGGUCUGGCUGGGCAAGACGCUCGGGCCCGACGAGCGCGCAUUCGGUGCGGACGAGGGCGCGUUCGCCGCCAGGACGGUCAAGCGAGUGCCAACUAUGGAUCAUAAUCGGGUCGACUUGAUCAAGGUGAUCAAAGGCACUCCGCGGGGCAGUUUCGCAGGUGGUGAAGGCUAUCCUAAGGGCAAGGAGAAGGAGAUUAACGCGAUGGAGAAAUCCGAGAUCUCCGAGACCGUCGACUGCAUACCAAGCGACGCGAACCUCUUGUUCACAGGGUGGGAGAACGUACCGGGAGGCCCAGACGAGUGGAGAUGCAGGCUCAUAGAUAAGCACGCGGUCCAGCACGGGUGCAAGAUGAUGGUGUUGGAUGCUCAAAACGCGUACUACCACGCCGACGAGGAUGGAGAGGUGUGCGUGGAUCCACCAGUGGAGCGGGUCAAGCCGCACCGCGCUCGAGGUGGCAAAAUCGAGAGACAGUGUUGGCAGAUGAUGAAGCAGGUCGACGGCAAGCGCAAGGCCUCGAAGAAGUUCAACCAGUAC